AUGGAUAAUGAAAAGUAUUUGCCGGAGCUGAUGGCUGAGAAGGAUUCCCUGGACCCGUCUUUCCAACACUCUUCACGCCUCUUAGAGCAAGAAAUCGAAAAGAUUCAGAAAGGCGAAGAGAAAGAGGACGAGAAGUUCAUAGACGUCGUAAUAAACAAGAACAUGAAACUGGGUCAGAAAGUUCUGAUUCCUGUCAAACAGUUUCCCAAAUUUAAUUUUGUGGGAAAGCUUCUUGGUCCACGAGGGAACUCACUAAAGAGACUACAGGAGGACACACUCACCAAGAUGUCCAUCCUUGGCAAGGGCUCCAUGAGAGACAAAGAGAAGGAGGAGGAGUUGCGGAAGAGCGGCGAGGCCAAAUAUCAUCACCUGAACGAAGACCUGCACGUCCUCAUCGAGGUGUUUGCUCCGCCCGCUGAGGCCUACGCCCGCAUGGGCCACGCCCUUGAAGAGAUAAAAAAAUUCCUAAUUCCGGAUUAUAAUGAUGAGAUCAGACAAGCUCAGCUGCAGGAGUUGACGUUUCUGAACGGGGGUUCAGAGGAUGCCAAGGUCCCCGCGGUGAGAGGGAAAUCCAGUUCGAGGGCCCGCGGCACACCUGCUCCCGGGUCACACAGGAGUAGAGGAGGUGUUCCUCCCCCACAGGCUGUGGUUCCUCGCGGGGUGGCACCCAGAGGAGCUCCACCAAGCCGUCUUCCGUCCAACAGGGGGAGAGCACAGAGAGGACGCGGAGCUCCACCCCCUGUGGGAUACAGACCGCCACCCCCUGUAGUUCAGGACUCAUACGGAGAAUACGAAUACGACGACGGAUACGGAACAGCCUACGAUGACCAAGGGUACGACUCAUACGACAACACUUACAGUAACCAAGGUCAAAACUCAGAGGACUAUUAUGAAUAUGGACAUGGUCUAAGCGGGGAAUCCUAUGACUCAUACGGCCAGGAAAAGUGGACAAACGGCCGCAACAAGGCUCCGUCAGCAAGGACAAACAAAGGAGUGUACAGAGAACAGCCUUAUACGCGAUACUGAACUCUAAAAAUAAAAUCAACCAAAAAGACGAAAAAACAAAGCAUCCCAGAGAGGAAAGGGAAGACGGGAACAUGAUUUCAUGGGGACAUUCAGUUUGACACUGGUAGAUACUGGUUGUUGCAUGGAUGCAAGAUAAUUAAACCUGUGAUCACUAAUUAUGUGUAAAAUAGUCAACCAAUCAGAAUCCUUCUAUGCCAGUAUUGAAAAUUUAGGGGGUGGGUGCUAGUAGGUAGAAGGUGGUGUAAACUUCAGGUGUUAGAUAUUUAGAUUUAGUCAGGUACAUUUCUAUAUAGACUUUUUGAUGAGUGAUCAACUUCAAUGUGUCCCUUGUAAAUUCUACUUAACGAAAGAAAGAAAGAAACAAAAUUAUUGAUACACAUAUCGUGUUACUCCUUCUUUUUUUUUUUUUUUUUUUUUUGUAAUGCAAUGUUCCUUAGCAUUAAAGGGCUUAUGGGAGCAUUUAAACAUUGUACAUAGUCAUGUUAUCAUGGUGAAGAAAGGUCACAUUGCUCUGUCCAAUAUUUCUUUGUUGUUAAAUGUCUGACUCUAAGUGGUCGGACGCAGGGUUGCCAACCAUCUGCAAAUUUACACAUAAAAGAUGAACAUGAGCUUAUGCGUAACAAUUCUUUAGACCACACCACACAGCAAUAAGAAAACAGAGGAAACCGAUCAAUAAUGUAAAGUAUGCAAAUAAAUAAAGUCUCUGACUAGAGAAAUUUGAGCCAGUGAAACUCCAGGCUUUCUUCUUAAGUAAAGGUAGUAAAGAUACUUGAAGUAAGUCUAACACCAGAGAUUAGCAUAGUUGUCUUUUUUUAUUUUUUUAUUUUUAGAUUUUACAUCAUAUAGCAUAAUCUACACUAAAAUAGCAAAGUAGUUCCUUUUAGUAAAAGCAAACGUGAUAGAAGUAGGUCAAAGCUACGCCCGGACAUUUCAUUUACAGAGUGCAAAGGUCCCGAAGUCAAACCCACAUCAAAUUACAAAGUGAACCCAAACAUGUCAGGAUUAGGUCUUAGGGUGCUGAUUAAAAUUGUGAAAAUAUAAUAUACUAGUACAUACAUACUACUUAUUGCGGGAGCACUAAAAUUAUGCAGAUCGGUUGGCAACGCUAAUCCAUUUAGACGCAAUUUUAAAGGUAAGGUAUUGAGAUUGUUUCCUUCUGAGGAAUCCACGUUGCUUGCAGAAGUAUUCCAGCCCCAGAAACUUUGUCAAAAUUGGCACCCCAGUAUACUCAUAACCCCUUUUCAGUUAAAUAUACUCACACAACGUUGACAUGGCAGAUUUCAUUCAGACUGCAUGUGCUCAGUAGAUUUGAGGACAGAAUGAUGGCAAGACCUCUCAGUGACAUUUUCUUUUUAACAUUCAUGCCCCUGCAAUGAAGCUUUGGCCUGUGUCAUCCUAAUGAAAAAUGACUGUACAAUCUAUUUUCAAUUUUUGCUUUUAAUCCUGAAUAGUUCCUCAUGGAGGUCCCCCUGAAAUCUGGUGUUGCAUCCUCUAUUCUGAGCUUUAUAUGAGGUAAAAAAACAAAAAAAAAACAAAGGAAGGACAUUGUUCAUCAUUGAGUUACCCAUUGCCCACUGGCUUUCUCAAUCCCUACUGUCCCACCAGUUAGGGUUGGGGUUAGGCACAACAGUGUUGUGAAGGCACUUGCUUUGUCUUGUAUUAAUGCAGUUUUGUUGUCUUGUCAAUUUGAUUCAUCAAACAUGUGCUGCUGCUGCUGGUGGUGAUUUUAUUGCUCUUCAGUCUUCUUGAUGAAGAUGAUAAACUGGUCCAUCACUGCUUUUGUAACACCAUCUGAGUCGUGCGCUUUCUGUAUAAUGCUGCUAGGGUUGAAAAAUGCCCCUGCCAUAAUUCACGGAUCAAGAAUUGGCUAAACCCAUUACACCCAUUACACCGAACACACCUCAUCCAGGAUAUCAUUUGAUCCAUGCUUCAUGAACUCAAUAAGAUGUGGAAUCUUGGAAAGUUUUAAAUGGCGCAGUUGUGGCUCAGCAUUUAGAGUUCUGGACUACUGAUCUGAACAGAGUCCGAAUCCAAACAAAGCUACCACCUUGCGUAAGGCCACUAUGCCUUGCUUUGUUGCUUUGGAUAAAAGCAUCUGCAAAAUAAAUAAAUAUAAAUGUAAACAGAGGUCUGUAGGUCCUCAGUCCUGGGGCUGUCCUGGGGCUACCUUCCUGAUCAUUGUCUUCCCUGUAGACCUAUCAUGACAAUUCUUAAAUAUUCCAGACUUUGAUUGCCUCUGGGAGCCUGGGUUUAGCCUCAAGCUAA